GAUUUCUCGAGAUUCAGGCCAAACUGUCAAACCCAACACUACACGUCUGACCGCUCACGGUUCUCUUACUCUGUCUCCACCAUGAAACCACCUCCGCCACCAAUGUUCUACCUCCUCUUUCUCCUCUCCGCCACCGUCACCUCAGCCGCCACUGAACCAACGACCCCUAAAAUGUCUACAGCGUCCCCUACUCCUGCCCCUACUUCCUCCCCAAACUCACCCACCACCAAAGCUCCAUCUUCUUCCCUACUAGAUCCUAAACAAAUAGAAACACUCCGAUCCCUCCACAUCCCCACCACAAGAGACCCUUGCGUUCAACCUUCCCCUCGCAAUGCCACCAUCUGCGACAACUACAAGCCCCUCCGCCAACUCAUUUCGCUCCACCUCUCCAACUGUUCGUCCGACCUUUUCCUCUCCUUCAAUGCUCUCAAGUCCCUCUCUUCCCUCCGUUCUCUUUCUUUCACCGACUGCCACGUAUCACCUGUCCGCUUCCCUGCCGAUCUCUCUCUUUCCCUCACUUCCUUCUCCUGCAUUCGAUCUCUCCGGCGUCUCUCUGGGGUCUGGCUCUCGCGCUUCGUUAACCUCACUGUUCUCACAGUUUCUUACACUCCGGUCAGCACCAGUGGUGUUUAUGUAAUCCUCGGGAACAUGCAUAAGCUGAAGACACUCGCCAUUUCACAUGCUAAUCUUACCGGUUCUAUUUCUAGCCACUUGCAUCCGAAUCUGAUCCAUAUCGAUUUAUCCGAUAACAACCUCAAAGGAAAGAUACCAGCUUCCCUUACGCUUCUUGAAGAUCUCGAAUUAUUGAAUCUUUCUUCGAAUGGGCUGAAUGGGGAGAUUCCCACAGAUUUUGGUAACUUGAUAUCGUUGAAAAAUCUAUCUUUGGCUUCCAAUGCGUUGUCUGGGUCAAUCCCGGAAUCCAUGUCAGCUAUUCCAGGGUUGGUUCAUGUCGAUCUGAGUAAUAACCAGUUAAAUGGAACGGUUCCGAAGUUUUUGGCAGGGUUGAAAGGGUUGAAAGCGUUGAAUCUGGAGAACAAUGGGCUUCAUGGAGUUUUACCUUUCAAUGCUAGUUUCAUAAAGAGAUUGGCUGUUUUCAAGGUGGGUGGGAAUAGCAAUUUGUGCUACAAUCAUUCUGUUUUGUCAUCGAAACUGAAACUUGGGGUUGCUCGUUGUGAUAAGCAUGGAUUGCCCAUGUCACCGCCGCCUUCUAAGGACUCUUCUUCAGAUAGCGAGAGUGACUAUACUGGUGAUGCUGAAGCUGAUAAAACUAAUAACAAGGACAACCAUCACGGGCCAAGUAAGGUUGUUCUUGGUUUUGCAAUUGGUAUUUCUUCAAUAGUUUUCCUCAUUAUUUUCUUGAUUCUAAUCGCAAAAUGUUGUCGUUGAAGGAAAA